UUACUUUACUACACGUCAGACGUCAAAGCAUCCCUGUUUUGACUGCAAGCGGAUCUGAAUCGGUUCUUUCCUUCCUCCCUUUCCAUUUCCAUGGCGGACCGCGCAGUCGCAGACCCGUCGCAGAAUCCCUCCUCCCCUCCUCCGGCCACCGCGGCGGCGAGGCCAUCGAAGGGCGGCGACCGCGACUUUCUCCUCCACCUCGAAGUUUAUCUCGCCCGCCGCGACGGCGUCGACAAGCUCCUCAAGAUCUCCCGCUACGCCGCCAAGAUCGCCCUCUCCGCCCCCUCCUCCCCGCUCCCCCCGGCCCUCGCUCCCCGCCUCAAGUCAUUCGAAUCCAGCGUCGGUCUCAGCCGCAAGGCCUUCCGCCUCGGCAAGUUCGUCCAAGAUCUCAACGCCCUCCGUGCCGCCGCAGGCGGCGCUGCCCUCUCCCCUGCCGAUCGCGUCCUCGCCGCCGUCGCAUACGGCGGCGAGGGCCUCUACUAUUUCGUCGAGCAGUUCGUGUGGCUAUCCAAGGCCGGUCUCAUACCCUCCGAGUACUCCCGGCGGCUCCAAAAGAUCAGCGCUUGGGCGGAACUUAUCGGCUACUUUGGCAGCGUCUCCCUAAAGGCACGAGAAGUACGAAAGAUCCAGUCUUCGAUCCAAUCGAGGAUCGACAGCGCGAAACCUGGAGAGGGCGACGAGGAACUAAGGAAACUGAGAACGAAGCUACUGCUGAAGCAGCUCUCCAUCGUUCAAGACCUCGCUGACGGACUGAUGGCUCUCGGCGACGUCAGGGACGGAAAGGGCUUCCUCCUCUCAAACACUCUACUGACGGCUUCGGCAGGGCUCUUUUCAGCACUCAUCAGCACUCACAAGAACUGGACUUCUUGCUAAGGUAGUCCCUCCUCUCCAUUCCUCUCAGAAUAAACAAAGCUGAAUGCAUUCUUUGUUUCACUUUUAAAGUUGAAUUUAAUAAAUGGGAUUCAGUUCUACUGCUAUAACUGAACCAUUCUUGAUUAGUGAUUACUUUGCUUAUUAUGGAUUUGUGAAGAUUGCUCGAUCGGUAGUGGAGCCAUUAGCAAUGUCUGUAUAUACAUUUUCAGAUACAUCCACUUCUUCUUUCCCUUGUUAUAUCUUCUAUCCAAGUAAACUGACCGUAAAGCUCAUGGGCCUUGGCGGUUUGAGUUUACCUCUUCUCAUGUUCCAUUGUUGCUUAGCUUCUUUAUUCUUGCCAAACUACCUUUAUAGCGCAUCCCUAAUGCAGUUCACUUUCGUUAGUGCUCUUGGAUGGUCCAAUUUAUCUUCUUGUGUUUGACUGAUUGUUGCUC